AUGGAACUCCCUACUCCACCUCCAUCAGUGACUUAUUACAACAUCCUCUUCGGAGAAAUUCAAUCUAUUUGUAGAGCAAGAUCCCUCUUUGUUCUUGAUUUGUCCAACAAUAGUUUGAAUGGCACAAUUCCUUCUUGUCUAGGAAAUAUCGAUUCUUUGUCAAUUUUGGAUCUUGGGAAAAAUAAACUUGAGGGCACGAUUCCUCAUGCUUACCCAAAAGGUUGUGCGUUGAUAUUGAUUGACCUCACAAAGAAUCGAUUGCAAGAGCCUAUCCCAAGAUCUUUGGUGAAUUAUACAAUGCUAGAGUAUUUGAACCUUGGUUACAAUCAAAUUCUCGAUGGGUUCCCUCCAUGGCUAUCUGAAUUGACCAAGCUGAAAGCUAUUAUCUUGAAAUCCAAUAAGUUACAUGGUCCAAUAAAAACAUAUCGAAGCCAAUUUAACUUCAGCAAUUUGCAUAUCAUGGACCUUUCCAAUAAUAGUUUCAAUAGUGAACUUCCUUCCAAGUUGUUGAAGAGUUUCCAUGCCAUGGAAGUGGUUGUUAGUCAAGAUCAAUUGGAAUAUAUGAAUACUUUUGAAGUGAUCCCUUCGUCCUUGUCUACAGUUGCUAGAUCUUUAUAUUAUGAGAUGAAGUUGACAAAUAAAGGAACGGAAAGGGAAUACUUGAAAGUUCCAUUUGCGCUUAUGCAAAUUGACCUCUCCGAUAACAAAUUCAAAGGACACAUACCUGAUCUCAUUGGAGAUUUGAAGUCACUUGUUUUGCUUAACCUUUCAAACAAUAUUCUCUCCGGUUCCAUCCCACCUUCCUUAGCAAAUUUGACAAAGCUCGAAUCUCUAGAUCUUUCUCAAAACAAGCUCUCCGAAGAGAUCCCUCAACAGCUAGCUCAACUUACAUUUCUUUCAUCCUUCAAUGUCUCCCAUAAUCAACUAUCGGGACCAAUACCACGAGGAAGUCAGUUUUAA